GUAUCUCAGAGAAGUAUAUUUUUCUACUUGUCGAAUACUAAGCUGAGGUUAGAAGAUGGAAAUUGUUACGAGGGAAAGUGAAAAUGCUUUGUCAGGUCCAAGGCCAAUGGAGUGGUCUACUGUUCCAUAUGCUCCUCAAGGACCAGAUAGAAAUGGAAACAAACGCACAUCAAGUCUGGAAUCACCAAUAAUGUUGCUGACGGGGCAUCAGAGUGCUAUAUAUACAAUGAAGUUCAAUCCAACUGGGACUGUUGUUGCAUCUGGAUCGCAUGACAGAGAAAUUUUUCUGUGGAAUGUCCAUGGAGACUGCAAAAACUUCAUGGUUCUAAAGGGGCACAAGAAUGCAGUUUUGGAUCUUCAUUGGACCACUGAUGGAUCCCAGAUAAUAUCAGCUAGCCCUGACAAAACUUUGAGAGCAUGGGAUGUUGAAACAGGAAAACAAAUAAAAAAGAUGGCAGAGCACUCUUCUUUUGUGAAUUCAUGCUGUCCAUCACGGAGAGGGCCACCUCUUGUUGUUAGUGGAUCUGAUGAUGGAACUGCUAAACUUUGGGAUAUGCGUCAGAGAGGUGCCAUCCAAACAUUUCCUGAUAAAUACCAAAUUACUGCAGUUAGUUUCUCUGAUGCCUCAGAUAAGAUCUUUACAGGUGGUAUUGACAAUGAUGUUAAGCUUUGGGACCUGCGUAAAGGUGAAGUAACCAUGACACUUCAAGGUCAUCAAGACAUGAUAACAGGAAUGAGUUUGAGUCCUGAUGGUUCCUAUCUUCUCACCAACGGUAUGGAUUGUAAACUCUGCAUAUGGGAUAUGCGCCCUUAUGCGCCACAGAAUCGCUGUGUAAAAAUUUUGGAAGGGCACCAACACAAUUUUGAAAAGAACUUGUUGAAAUGUGGCUGGUCACCUGAUGGAAGCAAGGUCACAGCUGGUAGUUCAGAUAGGAUGGUGUACAUAUGGGAUACGACAACUCGACGCAUCUUGUAUAAGCUUCCUGGCCACGCAGGAUCCGUGAAUGAAAGUGUCUUCCAUCCUAAUGAACCUAUCAUUGGCUCAUGCAGUAGCGAUAAACAGAUUUAUCUAGGGGAGAUCUGAACUGCGCUGGCAUUUGCCACUUGCUUCCAAAUUGAUAGUUAAUGAUUGGAAGACUAAUCUUGGGAGAUUCUUGAUGUCCUACGUAGGCCUCGGGAAAGUUGUAUUCAUUCUCUGUAGUUUUUAAGCUGAACUUGACAUCUUUAUUGACUGUGUAAUACAUUUUGUUCAAAAUCCUUACAUUUACAGAUA